UCCUGCGGAGGGUUUGACCUUUGACCUGGUUGUUGCAUUCCACAGAGGCUUGUCCUGCAGCAGCACUACAGCUAGACCUGCGACUCACAUUGCUUCUGUGCCACAGAGAGACGAUGUGUGUGCAGCUAGUUUAGACUAGGCAGUGGACAGAGUCGCGACAAUUGACUAGCAAACACUAGAGCAUCGCCUCGAGCUAAAAUAUUCGUCUUUCUUCAGGCCUCAACAUAGUACUAUAGUUAACUUAGAACGUUGUUAGCCAUUUUGCUAAGCACCUAAAUCGCCAUCGUAUUGAGAUUGCUUUGUAGACACACAGCAGGCUAGCCGCAGACACCAGCGCAUAGGAAAUGAAGGACAAACAAAAGAGAAAGAAGGAGCGGACCUGGGCUGAGGCGGCUCGCAUGGUUUUGGAGAACUUCUCUGAUGCACCGAUGACUCCCAAACAAAUCCUGCAUGUCAUCCAGACCAAGGGGCUGAAAGAAAUGCGAAGUGGCACAGCUCCUUUGGCCUGCCUGGUUACCAUGCUGCACUCCCAGGUAAGGGGUGACCGAGUCAAGAACAGUAUCUUCUUCAAGCUGCCUGGACGGAUGAGCCUGUUCACUCUCAAGAAAAAUGCCCUCCAGUGGACAAAGACAACAGCAGAGUCAGAGACACCAGCAGAUCCGACCGGCAGUAACGCCACCCCAGCUCCCAGCAACAACACCCCUGCAGCAGGCUCAACUAUGACCCCGGAUGGCCCCACUGAGGCAGCUGAGCAGGAGAGCUGCGACUCCACCGAGACAACCACUGCUGCCAGUGGAGACAAUGACGCCUCAGUGGAUGAGAGUUCCUCCGGCGCCUCCUGCUCCACAGAAUUGCAGACUCCCAGCACCCAGCCUCAGACCCGACUCAGUAGGGCGGCGGGACAGCAGGGGCGCACAGAUGCACAACAUAGUCAGCACGCUCCACAUGCCCAAACGAGACUGAGCCGCUCGAGACAGUCAGGAAGACAGAGGAAGAAAGCAGUCAUGAUGCCCCGUGUUGUUCUCACACCACUUAAAGUGAAUGGAGAGCACGUCCCCUCAGGGCCCAUGAAAAGGAGUCGAGGAGGGGUGGACGUAGAUUUUGAAACACCAGGCUCCAUCCUGGUGAACACCAACAUCAGAGCCCUCAUCAACGUGCGGACUUUUUCAGCCUUCCCCACACACUCACAGCAGCAGCUGCUGCAGCUCCUGCCAGAGGUGGACCGACAGAUUGGACCUGAUGGUAUGGCCAGACUGAGUAGUUCAGCUCUCAACAAUGAGUUCUUCACCCAUGCCUCCCAGAGCUGGAAAGAAAGGCUGGCUGAGGGGGAGUUCACCCACGAGAUGCAAGUGCGCUUCCGGCAAGAAAUGGAGAAAGAGAAGAAGGUAGAGGCGUGGAAGGAAAAGUUUUUUGAAGAGUACCAUGGGCAAAAGUCCGGCCUGACGCAGGAGGAGUCCCUAAAACUCACCAUGAGUGAAGCCAGUGAAGUUUCAGCUAGUGUGCUGGACAGUGAUGUGGCUGUGGUUGCAAGCGGUGCCCCUAAAAGACGCAGUGUGGGUCGGCGGAGAAGAGAUGGAAGGAUGAGGAGACGCACACGGGCUGACCUGCGUCGCAGGGCCCGUCGGACUCUCUGCAAGACCACAGCUCCAGCCCUGCAGGCUGCAGAAGCAGCUGAGGCUAGUACUGCACUGGAUAUCUCAGCAGUCUCUGUCGGCUCUCCCACGUCCGAAAACACAGUGGUUCAAGGUGAGGUGGUGCUGCAGGGUGAAUGUGGCGUGGAACUCCCAGCUGAGAGUGCCAUGGAGCCAAAGCCUUCUCCCACUCCGGAGCCUGUCGCGUUGCCAGUCCCUACUCCUACUCCGACUCCCACUCCUACUCCCACUCCCACUCCUACUCCUACUCCCACACCCAGCCCCAGCCCCAGUCCAGCCUCAACCAGUGCAAACGAAGACCCCGAACUUACAGCCCGCCUGCUCCCAGAGGAGGCUGCACCUGUACUGGCUUCCGCCUCCUCACCUUCCUCCUCCUCCUCUUCAUCUUCGUCUGCCUCCUCACCUGCCUCCUCACCCUCCUCACCUUCCGACAGACAGGGAGCUUUUGCUGCAGGCCUGGACUCCUCUUCAUCCUCCUCAGCGUCCUCCAGUGCAGCAGUUGCGGCCGAUCCCCUGGAUGACACUGCUUCUGUGGUCACCUCUAUCACAGGGGGUACCGCCACAAGCAGCCGUGAGAGCAGCCCCUCAGCCAGCCCAGCCACCACCCCUGUGCCCAGCUCCCAGCUCAAGGACCAGAAGAGAAGGCCAGAUGAGACUCAGGCCUUCUCCAGCUUCCCCGAAAAGAGGCCCCGGCUUGAUGAUCGUCAGUCCUUUCGUACCACAAUUGACAGCGUCCGUUCGGAGAAGCCGCAGCCGACAACAGAAGAGCCCAAGGUGCCGCCUAUCCGGAUUCAACUGUCCAGAAUCAAACCUCCCUGGGUCAAAGGGCACCCCACAUACCAGAUCUGUCCCCGGAUCGUGCCCCCUGGUGAGGGCUCGCGGCGGUCGGGGACGGGGGGUGCGCGCACCUUGGCGGACAUCAAAGCCCGUGCCCAGCAAGCCCGGGCCCAACGCGAGGCCGCUGCUGCUGUUGCAGCCACUAGCGACGGGGCAGGGACGACGGGGCUCAGGGUGCGGGCUGCUGCUGGGCUACAGGAUAGCAGCAAUGGACGACGAGCGCGAGAGCAUCCAGGACCUAUCGAGCCCGGAGGAGGAGGAGGAGGAGGAGGAGGUGGAAGAAGGGGAGGUAGUGGGAUGGAGGAGCAGGGAUCGUCUACAGGCACUAAUUCGUCUGGAGCACAACUACAGCUUCUCAGUAUAGAGCCCACACCCCAGCCUUCCCCUUCGCUGUCCACUACCUCAACUUCAGUGUCCAUGGAGCCCCCACAGACCCCAAGCCCUCCUUCAGAGGAAGCACCUGAGGGGCCAGAGGCUGUAGAGGAAACACAGGAAACUUCAACCAGUGUCCAUAGCUCCUCCAAUGGGCUCACAGAUAAGGCUGACUUGUCCUUUCCAGCGGCUGACGCUGUAUCUGAGUUGUUGGCUACCCAUUCAGCCAGACAAAACCAGGUGCCCGAAUCUGCCCCUGUCUCCUCUGAGAGGGCAGACCAGGAUGGUGAAAAACUCUCUUUGACCCCCACCUCCAUCCCAGAUUCCCUUCCCAGGUUUGGGGCUCAGGGUGUGGAUGUUAUUCAAACACUGGCUAGCUCCUGUCAGCCCAAAGAGCAAGUACAAGACAAGGAGACUAGACUGGGUGGUGUUAUCCUGCAUGGCUCCCACCGUAUGGACCCCCAGGAGGUGUUUUCUCACUCAGCUGCAGAAAGCCGACAAACAGACACACCCUCUUCCCUACGUGUGGACUCCUGUGGCAGAGAGAAAGAUGACGAGGCUGGGACACAUAGCGACUCCACGGAAACCGCUUCAGACUGUGAGAACGAGAGCCAGGAGGAUGAGCAGCAGCCUGACCAGAGCUGGUGCCCCAAACUGAACACACAGAGGAAUGGCCAGCUAGUCAUCUGCAGCCCACCUCCUCAGAACCAGCAGCCAGUCAUCCAAGCCCAUGUGUCCAGCCGUCAAGGUCAGACCGUCAUUCAGCCUUGCUUCCCCAGUGGCCAGCCUCACCCUCAGCACAGCCGCUCUCAUUCUCAGGACCACCAGUUUCUCCCUGCAGUCCAUCCGCGGGGACUGAGGGACACCAACGUUGUGGUCAAAAUGGAGCCCGGAGAUGAUUGUAGAGUCUCCAGACAGAACUCUACUGAAGAGGAAUGUCGUGGAGGUUUAAAGUCCUCCAUCACUCACCCAGCUGCUGCUGCUGCUGCUGCUGCUGCUGCUGCGUCGAAAAAACUGGCCAGCUCCAACAGACCAGUGUCCAGUGUGGAGGCCAACAACCCUUUGGUCACUCAGCUGCUACAGGGCAGCCUGCCCCUGGAGAAAGUUCUGCCCUCACAUUCUGCCAACAAGCUGGAGAUCAGCCGAUUGCCAGGACCCCAACUUAGGCCAACCGUGGCCAGAACCCCAGGGCAACACAACAGGCCGGAUGUCUCAGCCCAGCUUCCUAGCCCCGAACUGACUGCAGCCUCUCAAAUCCAUAACAAGUCUCCCACGGGCCGCCCAGUUUCCUGUCCCGUGGAGGCCUCAGCCGUGUCACAGUAUCAAUCCCAGCAGGCCCCUGGGGCUGUCCCGGUCAUCACCUCUCUGCCGCCUUCUUCAUCCUCCUCCAGUUCUUUGACCUAUAGAAGUAAGUCAGACCUUUGCUCCCAGACUGCUGUGGAAUCUGCAGUUAUUACAGACUCUCAUGGUCCUCAGCCCUCACAGGGGGCCACUCCAGACAAGUCCCAGCCAUCCCACCGGACCAUGUCUAAUGGUCCCUCUCCUCCCCAUGCAGACCCAUGUCCCACUGAGGUGGUGCCUACUAUUAAGAUUAACUGGAAGUCCCCACAAUCUCAGCUCCCCCACUUUCACCAACAGCAGCUGUCUCCUGGACCCACCAUGAAGAAUGAAGUUGGUGUGCGGCCCUCUUGCCAGGCUCUUACCAAAUCCUCCCCCACAAAACCCAUGAGUGUUACCAAAAAGGACCAUGGGAGCUCUGUUGACAGCUACCUGAGUGGAGGGGCAAUGGAGGGACUCCUCAACAUGGAGAUGACUUUUGCUAGAAUGGCAAAGAAGGAACAUGGCAAAACUCCCUUCCCCUCUGGCUCUCCUUCCUCCUCUUCCCCCUCAUCCUCCUCAUCUGUGUCCUCCCUUCCGUUCCAGCUGUAUGGAAAGCUGUCCAAGCAAGGUGGAGGUGGCGUUGGAGGGGUAAGCUACACAGCCAAUGUGUCAGUGAUGGACAAUGGGAGUUUCUCCCGGAGCAUGGCAGAUGGUGUUCUCCAGCUGCGCCCCCGCUUGGCCUCCAGCCAGACCACCCUUAGCAUCCAGGCCUUUACUGACAGUGCAGCUGAAGAGGUGGCGCUCAAGUGCUCAUGCCGCCUCAAAGCCAUGAUCAUGUGCCAAGGCUGCGGUGCCUUCUGCCAUGACGAUUGCAUCGGGCCCUCUAAACUGUGCGUAUCAUGUUUGGUGGUCAGAUAGUAUGUUGAAGUCCCUGUGCGCUGUAGGACUGAUGUCAUUACAUUAUCAGCAGCAGGACUGGGUGGCUCCAGAGCGUACACAAACCUGAUUGGGAGCCUGACAGGCAAGAACUGCCUUGUAUAUUAUAAUUGGUCUGUAUUUUUUGUUGUUGCAGAUUUUCAGAUUUUUUUUUUUGUUGUACUGAUAUAUUAUUAUUGUUAUUGUUAUUAUUAUUAUUAUUAUUAUUGUUGUGAAUUUGGGGGCAUGAUUGACUGUAAAUUAUGCCUUUAUUUUGUUUUCUCUCCUCAAAAACAUUUACCUCAUCUUAUCUUGCUCCACCUGUCAUCAUUUGGUGACCAUCAUUGUUUUGGUCCCUUGUUUCCAAACAGGGACUUAUUGUUGUUGCUUUGCGCAAAGAAGUAUUUUUUUAACCAUUAAAAUGAGUAAACAACCUUA